AAAGGCGCUACGGAAUUACUUCUCCCAUUAGUUUGGCGCCACCAAAGGAAAUAGAUUAUAUGUAUUCACAGAAAUUGAUUGAAGCCCUGAAGCCUUUUGGUGUAUUUGAAGAGGAAGAAGAACUUGAUCGCAGGUUAGCUGUUCUAGACAAACUAAAUAACUUGGUUAAAGACUGGAUUGCAGAAGUUGCUAAAAAUAAGAACUUGCCAACUUUAAUCUCAUCCAGAGCUGGUGGCAAAAUAUUCACAUUUGGCUCCUAUCGGCUUGGAGUCCACACCAAAGGUGCUGAUAUAGACGCGCUCUGUGUAGCUCCUAGACACAUAGAAAGAUCAGACUUUUUCCAGACAUUUUUUGAAAAAUUAAAGCUCCAAGAUGGCAUCAGAAAUCUGAGAGCAGUAGAAGACGCAUAUGUACCAGUAAUCAAGUUUGAAUUUGAUGGUAUUGAGAUUGAUCUCGUCUUCGCAAGACUACCCCUGCCAAGCAUUUCAGAUAGCCUGGACCUUAGGGAUGAUGCACAUUUGAGAAGCCUUGAUAUCAGAUGCAUUCGGAGUUUAAAUGGUUGCAGAGUCACUGAUGAAAUACUUCAUUUGGUACCAAACAAGGAGAACUUCAGGCUGACACUCAGAGCAAUUAAACUGUGGGCUAAGCGGCGUGGAAUUUAUUCCAACAUGCUGGGAUUCCUUGGUGGUGUUUCUUGGGCCAUGCUGGUGGCAAGGAUCUGUCAGCUAUACCCAAAUGCUUUGGCAGCAACCCUUGUUCACAGAUUCUUCUUAAUUUUUUCAAAGUGGGAAUGGCCCAAUCCUGUCUUGCUGAAACAACCUGAAGAGAGCAAUCUCAACUUGCCUGUCUGGGACCCCAGGGUAAAUCCAGCUGACAGGUAUCAUCUAAUGCCCAUUAUCACUCCAGCUUAUCCACAGCAGAACUCCACAUAUAAUGUGUCCACAUCAACCCGAGCAAUCAUGGUAGAAGAAUUCAAAUAUGGUCUCAUGGUUACAGAUGAAAUUUUUCAAGGAAAGUCGGAUUGGCCAAAGCUGCUUGAGCCACCCAACUUUUUUCAAAAGUAUAAGCACUAUAUUGUAUUGACUGCUGUUUCUUCCACUGAAGAACAUCAUUUGGAAUGGGUUGGCUUGGUGGAGUCUAAAAUCCGUGUUCUUGUUGGACACUUGGAGAGAAAUGAAUUUAUUAAUCUUGCCCAUGUAAAUCCACAGUCCUUCAGUGGGAACAGGGAUCAGUACAAAGAAAAUGAUUAUGUAUCAAUGUGGUUUCUGGGAAUAAUUUUUAAGAAACUGGAGAAUGCAGAGAGUGUAAGCGUUGACUUAACCUAUGAUAUCCAGUCAUUCACAGAUACAGUUUACAGACAGGCAAACAAUAUCAACAUGUUGAAAGAAGGCAUGAAGAUUGAAGCUACUCAUGUGAGGAAGAAACAACUCCAUUUUUAUUUGCCAGCAGACUUUUUGCAGAAGAGGAAAAAGAGCGUGCCUGAUCUUGGUGGACAUGCUUGUGGGGUCAUGUUGAAAAAGACAAUGGAAAAUGAUAGUGGUUUGGACACUUACAGCAGUGCAGAAGUUACUACACAGUGCAAUACUGUUCCCUCAUUCAACAACGUGGUGGAAUAUUGCAGUAAAUCUUUUUCAAAAGGGUUAGAAAGGUCUGAUGUCCUUCAAAAACCUACAAUAUCUGAAAGGCAAGAGAAGCCAUGGGCCAUCACUCAGUCAGCAAUGUCUGUACCAGGCUUGAAUCUUACAACUUCAGCAGACGCAACUCUGCCUUUAAGUUCCAGUAGUGUCUCCAUGGCCAUAGAGCAAAAUAAAAUUCCUCCAACUAUCAUCCUUGCUUCUACUCAUUCCCAGGGACACCUAGAUGGCAUAAGUUCUAUUAAAAAUAACUCUGCACAUAAGAGAGUUCACUCACCAGUCUCUGAAGAUUGUUUUAAGCGGCUGAAACAUGUAGACAAGCAAAGCCUUAAAGACACCCUGGCUCUUCCAACCUUUGAUACACAGAGAUCACAGCGGCUUUCUAGUAAAGAAUUGCCAGAUUCAUCUUCUCCAAUUCCAGCAAGUGGUAUGGUUCGUGUUGUCAAAAACUCCAUCAGACUGACUCUUAAUCGAUAGCAGUGCUUUACCAGGUAAUAGUAAAGACAUUGCAUUUUAAUGACUAUUGCUUACUUUUUUGUUUCAAUUGUUGCUCUUAUGUUCAUGCUUCACUUUUGAACUUUGACAUGCCUGCAACCAC